AUGUCUUCAGAGAACGAGAACAUCGAUUUCGAGAAGCCGGACGUCGAGCACAAGAAGCGCUACGGCAAGGGCGACGAAUACAUCAGCCGCGCGAGCAAGGCGACCGAUGCUGAGCAUCGCAUGAGCCUUGGUCAGGCUCUUCGCCUCUAUCCCAAGGCUGUCGGAUGGUCGAUCCUUCUCUCCACGGCUGUAGUCAUGGAAGGUUACGACACCAACCUUCUCGGUUCUUUCUACGCAUAUCCAGCCUUUGCCCAGAAGUAUGGGGUACAGCAGCCUGAUGGCACGUACCAGGUCACCGCUCCAUGGCAGUCUGGCCUCUCCAAUGGUGCGCAGAUCGGCGAGAUCCUUGGAUUGUUUAUCAACGGCAUCGUCUCGGAGCGCUACGGCUACAGGGCGGUCAUGAUGGUCUCCCUGAUUGCCGUUAUUGGCUUUAUCUUCAUAAACUUUUUUGCGCCCUCGGUCGAAGUUCUUCUCGUCGGCGAGAUUCUGUGCGGCAUCCCGUGGGGUGUCUUCCAAACCCUGACAACCGCCUACGCUGCCGAAGUCUGCCCCGUCGCCCUGCGUGCAUAUUUGACGACCUACGUCAACCUCUGCUGGGUGAUCGGCCAAUUAAUCUCCUCCGGUAUCCUCCGAGGCCUCCUGAGCCGCACAGACGAAUGGUCCUACCGUAUUCCCUUUGCUCUGCAGUGGAUGUGGCCUGUCUUCAUCUGCACAGGCGUGUUCUUUGCUCCGGAAUCCCCAUGGUGGCUUGUCCGACACGGCAAGGUCGCUGAAGCAGAACGAGCGCUCCUCCGACUGACGAGCAAGUCCGACGUAGAAUUCGACGUCUCUGCCACAAUAGCAAUGAUGAUCCACACGAACGAGCUCGAGAAAGAGAUGACGGCGGGCACGACCUACUGGGACUGUUUCAAGGGGUACGAGCUGCGGCGGACGGAGAUCGGCGCCGUGACUUGGGCGAUUCAGAACCUGUGCGGUUCGACAUUCAUGGGCUACUCAACCUAUUUCUUUGAGCAGGCAGGGCUGAGCAACGACUUCGCCUACGACUUCAGUAUCAUCAUGUACGCCGUCGGGAUGUGCGGCACCUUCUCGUCGUGGUUCCUCAUGAACUGGUUCGGCCGACGCACGCUCUAUCUUGCCGGCCUCGUCGCCAUGGUGUGUAUAAUGUUCAUCAUCGGUUUCCUCGCAUUGUCCAACACCACAGGCGCGAAAUGGGCGCUAGCCUCACUCGUAGUCGUCUACACAUUCGCGUAUGAUAGCACCGUCGGCCCGGUAUGCUACUCGCUCGUAGCAGAGAUCCCCAGCACCCGCCUCCGCGCAAAGAGCAUCGUCAUCUCCCGCAACGUGUACAACAUCGUCGGUAUCAUCACGAGUGUUCUUGCACCGUACAUGUUCAACCCCAGCGCGUGGAACUGGAAGGGCAAGGCUGGGUUCUUCUGGGGCGGCUCGGCGCUGCUCUGCUUGAUCUGGACGUACUUUAGACUCCCAGAGCCGAAGGGUCGCACAUACGGAGAGCUGGACGUGCUAUUUGAGAGGAAGGUCUCGGCGAGGAAAUUCAAGACUACCCAGGUAGACAUGGAUGUGGAUAUGCCCGUGCAUGUGUGA